AUGAAAACUUACCAUCCCAGCUGGUCUUGUUUCCGGCACCACUUCGCCUCACUUCGACCUCAAACGCUUUAUCAUCCACCAUCAGCCCCAGGCCGACCCAGAGCGCCAGACACGAAUACACGCCGAUCGCCGAACGAUACCCUGGCUUCUCGCUCGGCGUUGAGUUGUGUUGUCUAUCGUCGGCCAUCCUCAUCUUCGUCUCGUCAACACGUCCAUCCUUCUCCUUCUCAUUCCUCCAAUCAUCAUCGGUUCAAAUCCUUCUUCCUCAGUCCGAAGGCUUUGAAUCUUUUGCUCUGGGUCCCGGUCGUUCUGGUCAUCCAUGAACAUGGUGUGGGCUUGGUUCGGAUCACUGGAAAGUCAGUCUGUCCAACUUUCAAUCCAGAUUCAUCAUGUUUGACACGAGACAUUGUUCUGGUGAAUAAGUUUUUAGGCAACAAGUCGAGUAGCCUUCAGCGAGGCGACAUCAUCACCUUCUGGCAUCCAGAGUUUCCAGGAACUUUGCUCACCAAACGAAUCUUGGGCUUGGAAGGCGAUAUCAUCAAGCGUGCAAAGACUCAAAAUAUCGAUCCAGAAGGCCCGCACUUGGUUCGAGUUCCAAUGGGUCAUUGCUGGGUCGAAGGUGACGAUCCGUUCCAUUCGAAAGAUAGUAACAGCUUUGGCCCCAUUCCCUUGGGUUUGGCUAACGCAAAAGUCACAUGGAUCGUAUGGCCUAUCUCACGGUUCGGGCCGCCUAGUCCAAGCCAUGAUUAA